AUGGCAGGCUCAACCUUUCCAGCAAAAGUCUCAAAUUCUUCUCCAGCGGACGGGAAAUCUGAAGCCCAGCACGUCAAAAAGUCCUCCUCGACUCUUCCUACCCCGUCAGCUACCGAGUCCUCUGCUGUCCCAGAAUCAUCCAUUGGCAAAGGCUCAGCAGUACCAGGUGCAAAUGUCUCGGCCUACAAGAGCUACCCGUCAUAUGACACCGAGCGGUGCAAUACAGAUAGCAGUGGCAACUCGGAUAUCGAACCUGGCCCAUACCUUGCUGAGAUGAAUGCCAAAUCUAAAGCAGAAAGUCAGGCUACAUGGGCGAAAGCUUUCGGCAUAUCCAACUCGACAGAGUCCUCGAUUGCUGCUUCCAAACGCAAAGGAUCUUCGUUUGAAGACUCUGAUGAACAGCCAAAGAAAUUAAAGAGACGAGCAGCACCGAAAAAGAAUGCCUCAUCCUCCAGCAAGUCAACCCAGAAGCGUCCGGCAAAGGUCAUGGUUGAAAGUGAUUCUGAGGUUGUGACAGUGGGUUCCCAGUUUCUCAAGAUCCUAGCUAAGGGCUGGCAAACCCCCUUGGGCUUCUCCACACCUCGGUGGUGCUAUCUUGUCGAGUGGGAAGAAGAUGAGGCUACCAAUACCAAGACUGGAGAUACCACUUGGGAGCCGGUCAACAUCAUAAAGAAGGACCAAGGAAAGAUGGUUGAGGCUUUUGAAGCAAGAAUGUUAGAGGAAAGUAGAAAGGGUCCGCCAACUUGGAAGGACGUCCCCAAGGACCUCACGGAGGCGAAGGAGGCGAGAGAGGAUGCGAAGGUGGAGAAGAAGACCAAUAAGAAGAAGUAG